AUGACGGUCCAGUCGCGCAUCAACCCGGAGGAGGACCAAUACCUCGACCUCGUGCGCUCGAUCAUCGAACGCGGCGAGCGCAGGGCCGACCGCACCGGCACCGGCACCCUCAGCCUCUUCGCCCCGCCUCAGCUCCGCUUCUCCCUGUCCAAGCCCUCGACCAGCACCACCGCCGACCCCGAGCUCGUCCUGCCCCUCUUGACGACCAAGCGCGUCUUCUCGCGCGGCAUCAUCGAGGAGCUCAUCUGGUUCGUCAACGGCUCGACCGACUCGAAGGUGCUCGCCAACAAGGGCGUCAAGAUCUGGGACGGCAACGGCAGCCGCGAGUUUCUCGACUCGCGAGGGCUCGGGCACCGCGAGGAGGGCGACCUGGGUCCCGUCUACGGCUUCCAGUGGCGACACUUUGGCGCCGAGUACAAGACGUGCAAUGACGACUACACGGGCCAGGGCGUCGACCAGCUCGCCGAGGUCAUCGACAAGAUCAAGAACAACCCGACCGACCGCCGCAUCAUCCUCAGCGCGUGGAACCCGGCAGACCUCGCCAAGAUGGCGCUCCCGCCCUGUCACAUGUUCUGCCAGUUCUACGUCAACCUGCCGCCACCGUCCUCGCCUCCCUCGACCAAGCCCCGCCUGUCGUGCCUCAUGUACCAACGCUCGGCCGACCUCGGCCUCGGCGUCCCGUUCAACAUCGCGUCGUACGCCCUCCUCACCCACAUGAUCGCCCUCGUCACCGACACGGUCCCGCACGAGUUCAUCCUGCAGCUCGGCGACGCCCACGUCUACCUCGACCACGUCGAGCCGCUCGAGAAGCAGCUCGCGCGCACGCCGUUCGCGUUCCCCGGGUUCAGCUGGGCGAGGACCAAGGACGAGGUCGGCGGCAUCGACGGGUUCGAGCUCGCCGACUUUGUCAUCGACCCGAGCUACAAGGACAACAGCCACGGCACGAUCGCGAUGAAGAUGAGCGUGUGAGACUGGACGAGGUCGGAGCGGUGGGCGCGAUGAGCAACCAGAGCGUCUGUAUACUUGUGUGCAACAUGAUGUGCGUCUCGUGCGUCC